ACACCAUAGGUCAAUGACCUGGGAUGCAAAUGAGUCCCGCUAGUCACGUGACUGUCUCUCGCCAUCUUGCCCAGUCUGACACUAGCAGCCGCCGCGCUCUCGUCUCACGAAGCCACCAAUAGCCAGCCACCAUGUCCGGGAUUAGCAAGAUCCACGCUCGUCAAAUCUUCGACAGCCGCGGAAACCCCACGGUAGAGGUCGACCUGGUCACAAGCAAAGGUCUGUUCCGUGCUGCGGUACCCAGUGGUGCUUCCACCGGUAUCUAUGAGGCUUUGGAGCUGAGGGACAAGGAUCCUUCCAAGUACCUGGGAAAGGGUGUGAGCAAGGCUGUCUCCAAUAUCAAUGACGUCAUUGCUCCAGCUGUCAUCCAGAAGAACUUUGAUGUGACCAAACAAGAAGAGGUUGACAAGUUCAUGUUGGAGCUGGAUGGCACUGAGAACAAAUCCAAGCUUGGAGCCAAUGCCAUCCUGGGAGUGUCCCUUGCCGCAGCUAAGGCCGGUGCAGCCCACAAGGGUGUUCCUCUGUACCGCCACCUAGCAGAUCUGGCCGGUAAUACAGAUGUUAUCCUGCCUGUCCCUGCCUUCAAUGUCAUCAAUGGGGGAAGCCACGCUGGCAACAAACUGGCCAUGCAGGAGUUUAUGAUCCUCCCAACUGGUGCUUCUUCCUUCCGUGAGGCCAUGCAGAUGGGGUGUGAGGUGUACCACAACCUCAAGUCUAUCAUCAAGAAGAAGUAUGGACAAGACGCCACCAAUGUGGGAGAUGAGGGUGGAUUUGCUCCCAACAUUCUGGAGAACAAGGAAGCCCUGAACCUGUUGAUGGAUGCGAUCAAGGCUGCUGGCUACGAGGGGCGCAUCAAGAUCGGCAUGGACGUGGCCGCCUCCGAGUUCCAUCGCGACAAGAAGUACGACCUGGACUUCAAGAGCCCUGACGACCCCAGCAGAUACAUCACGGGAGACCAGCUGGCCCAACUGUACCAUGAGAUGAUCGCGGCGGCGCCAAUCGUUUCCAUCGAGGAUACGUUUGACCAGGACGACUGGGAGAUGUGGGCCAAGUUCACCGGACAGACCGACAUUCAGAUCGUCGGAGAUGACCUACUGGUCACCAACCCCAAACGUAUCAAGAGGGGUAUCGAAGACAAGGCCUGUAACGCCCUGCUGCUAAAGGUUAACCAGAUCGGCUCUGUUACUGAGUCCAUCGAAGCUUGUAAGAUGUCUCAGAAGAGUGGCUGGGGCGUGAUGGUGAGCCACCGCAGCGGGGAGACAGAGGACACCUUCAUCGCGGACCUGGUGGUCGGGCUGUGUACGGGACAGAUCAAGACGGGCGCCCCCUGCCGAUCUGAGAGGCUCUGCAAGUACAACCAGCUACUCAGGAUUGAAGAGGAACUCGGGGACAAGGCAAAGUUUGCCGGAGUCAACUUCCGCAACCCCACGAAGUGUUAAACAACUAUCGUUUCCACAGUUAUACUGCAGUGAAUGUUACACGUACACAUAUGAAGCUCUCAGAACUACAUGUAGUAGACUGCAUUUUGAGUGUGAUCAUAAGAAUGCAAGAAAAAGGUGUUGUAGUAGUUUGACUGUUGGAUAUCCCUUAAGCAAAUAAAGAAAAAAAAUACGACGCUGCUCUUUAGUCAAGUACAUUACUUGCUCCAUACAAAUUUAAUGUAAGUCAUGGAUGGAAAUGUUAUACUUGUUAUGCCAAGUGUGCAUUUAGUUACUAUGAAGAGCUUGAGCGCUUAAUUAGAUGUACAUUAUAAUGUAUGAUUCAUGCCGAAAGCUGCAAAUGUCAGUUCAGUUUCUUCUGUGUAGUCUUCCCUGUGUGUGUUGUUGUCUGAGACAAUGAAAUUAAAAAUAGUGCUAUUAUAAGCUUUACAUCUGAAGAGAUUUGAAUCCAAGCAUGUUGCACAUGUCCCGUUCAUACCCGAGUUAAGAAAGAAACUACUUCAACUGGUGCUGAGGACACACGGCAGCUGGAAUAAACAGUGAUGUGGUUCGGAUUUCA